AUGGCCGACACCAAGAAGAAUGCCAUCACCGACGCGGAGUUGGGGAUGAAGAUGGAGAUGAGCCAUGAGGAGGUUGUCCAUAUUGCAGAGUUGUCCGAGGAGGAAAAGGUCAUUGAAAAGAAGCUGCGCACGCGCAUUGAUUGUUUGAUCAUGCCCCUGGCCAUUCUCGUUUAUCUGAUGAACUACAUUGAUCGCAACAACUAUGCUGCAGCGAAGCUCCAAGGUCUCCAGGAAGAUCUCAGUCUCGACGCUACGAUGUAUCAGACCGGCCUCUCCAUUCUGUUCGUGGGAUAUAUUCUUAUGCAAGUUCCUUCGAACAUGCUUCUGAACUACAUGGGCCGACCAUCCCUGUACAUUGGAUUCUUCGUCUGCGCCUGGGGCCUGGUCUCUACCUUGACAAGUCAAGUCACAAACUAUGCAGGUAUCAUUGCCUGUCGAUUCUUGCUUGGUUUCGUCGAGGCCCCCUUCUUCUGUGCCAUUCUUUUCUACCUGUCGAAGUGGUACACCAAGAAGGAAUUGGCUUUCCGGAUGAGUAUCUUUUACUCUGGCUCCCUGCUCAGUGGCGCUUUCGGAAACCUCAUCGCUGCUGGUAUCCUCAACGGCCUAAAGGGCAAGCGCGGAAUUUCAGCAUGGCAGUGGCUCUAUAUCAUUGAAGGUACUAUCACCGUUGCCAUUGGUCUGGUUAUCUGCCUCGUUCUCCCCGACUUCCCAGAGACAUGGAAGGCGUUGUCUCCGGAGAUGCGCAAAGUCGCCCAACGACGUCUUGCCAUCGAGGCCGGUGAGGCCGAUGUGGAUGAAGCCGGCGGCAAGAGCCAGGUCAAGGGCUUCAAGCUCGCCAUGGCCGACAUCAAGACCUAUGUCUUCGCCUUGGCCUAUAUGUGCAUCACGGGAGCCGCUGGUUUCCAAAAUUUCUUCCCAACUUUAGUUGAGACCCUCAACUACAGCCCGACCAUCACUCUUGUAAUGGUGGCACCUCCUUACCUCUUCAUGGUUGUUUAUUCCCUCUGCCACUCCAUGCUCUCCGAUAGGUUCGAGAAGCGAUUCUGGUUCUUCUUCUACCCAAUCCCGGUCAGCAUCAUCGGAUUUGUCAUUUUCAUGAAGGUCGAGAAUUUCGGGGCCAGAUACUUCUCUUUCUUCUUGAUGAUGUUUGUCUUUGCCCAGAACGGUACUUUGUACUCCUGGCUCGCCAGCUCCAUUCCCCGCCCGCCUGCCAAGCGUGCUGUUGCAUUCGCAUUCUUCAACUCCAUUGGUAACAGUGCUUCUAUCUGGACCCCAUACACAUACAUCGAGUCUGAGGCGCCCUUUUACCCAACCUCGAUGGGUACCUGCAUGGCGCUGCAAGUGGUCGGUGGUCUUUGCGCGCUCUUCUUGUACUUCAACCUGCGCUCGCUCAACAAGCGCCAAGAGCGUCUCGAGGACGAGGAUGUCCAGCUUACCGAGAAAGAUAUUCGCCGACUCCAGGCUACUGCCGACGUUGAGGGUAUCGACAUUGCCGCCGCCCGACGGUUGCAAAAGGGAUUCCGCUAUGUGUUGUAA